AUGCAAGAAAUACAAUCACAAGUUCCGAACCAGCAAGUGCUUGAUGAAGUAGCUAAAGUGCUUACCUGGAAUAAAUGGCUAUUAUCAACACUCGGUCUAUGGCCUCAUAAUCCUAACAGUUUUAUUUUCCUUAUGAAUUUUAGUUAUUUUGUCUAUCAUAUGGCUAUGGAAUAUUUAGAUCUUUUCCUUUUUAUAAACAAUCUUGAACAUGUAGUUGAAAAUUUAACAGAAAAUAUGGCGUUUACUCAAAUUCUCGUAAGAAUGGCGAUGCUUAAAAAAUAUAAUUGUCAACUAGGAGAAGUGAUUACAGAAGCUUUCAAAGAUUAUGAUAUAAAAGCCUUCAAAACUCCUACAGAAAGUAAAGUUUUUAUAGAUUACAUGAAUAGAGCCAAGUUAUUCAUCAAACUUCUAUGCGCUUUUGUUACAAUGACUGCAACUUCUUAUUACGCUAAACCAAUUACCAGUCCUCCUCCAGAAGUUAUUGAAAAAUUAAAUGAAGAAAAUUCAACGAUGCCAUUUAUUUUACCUUAUCGUUUUCAUCUUUUUUAUGAAGUAACUGAUUUCCGAAUUUAUGUAUUGACUUAUGCAUCACAUUUUCCAUUUGUGUUCGUCAGCGGGUUUGGUCAAACAGCUGCUGAUUGUUUAAUGGUUACUUUAGUAUUUCAUGUUAGUGGAAAACUUGCUGUUUUGGCUCUUAGAAUAGCUGCUAUAAAAGCAGAUUCAGAAUCUUGCGAGAAAGAAUUCAAUGAAAUCAUCAUUGAGCAUGAGAGAUUAUUGAAAAUGGGAAAAAGUAUAGAAGAAGCAUUCAGUGAAACAUUAUUAGUUCAUUUAGUCGGUGCUACUGCACUUGUUUGCAUUUUAGGAUAUCAACUGUUGAGUGGUCAAAGUGCUGAUCUUGUGACUUUUUUCGUCUUUAUAUUCUUAGUUUUUCUCAUAUUAUAUGCUCAUUGUGUUGUUGGAGAAAGUCUUGUUACAGAGAGCCACAAAGUAAGUGAGGCUUACUAUGAUUGUUUAUGGUAUGAAAUGCCUCAAGAAACUGCCAAGAAUGUUAUAUUUUGCAUGCUUCGAUCUCAAAAACCUCUUGGAUUGACUGCCGGAAAAUUUGGAGCUUUUUGUUUAAGUACAUUAACUGAUGUAGUUAAAACUGCAAUGGGUUAUCUGUCAGUACUUCGAUCUUUUCUGACAAUCGAAUCCAAUUGA